UGUUCGUUUGGGUGUGUGUUUAGUUAGAAAAAUAUAACCAGAACAGAUAUGGGUGCUCCGAUUGGUCCGAUCAAACUCCUCUCUCCACUCUCACUCUGCCUCGCCUAACUUCCUCCUCCUCCUCAUCCGCCGCUGCCGCAGUCGCCGUCGCCGUCGCCGUCGCCGCGAAUGCAAAUUUUAGGCUGCAAUAACUUACUUGACGCCUAUAAGCAUAUUCCUGAAAGUGGCUUAUAAGUAUAAAAGAAGAGGAGAGGAUUCUUGACAACAAUGUCAGCGUCUGCAAAAACCCUCACCAUUGCUGAUCGAACUUUAAAUGGAGGCUGGACAGUUGUUUUACCCCGUCGUGGCAGGAGAAAACCUUUGCCCAGAAUUAGAUCUUUGGAACAACAACCAUGGGCUCCAAGUGAUCUUGAAAUUGAUCCUAUCAGAAAGUCUAAGUUAAUACACAAGAUGCAGAUUUGCAUGAAUAAAAUUGAGAGCUCUCCAUUCUACCAUACUUUAAUGGAUCAAAUCCAAACUCCAGAAAUCUUGGGUCACUUUUAUAGGGUCUUAGAUUCUGAGUCAAAGAUGCAAAUGGUAAUUUAUGGUAUAGGCAGCAUUGAGUCAUAUGAAACCCCUCGAUUGCAGCUUAGCCUUGCAAUCUUGUUGAAAAAAAAGUUAAAUUGGAUUGGAGAUAUUGAGGUUUUUGAUCCUAUUCUUUCUGCAACUGAAUCUCAGGUAUUGGAAGCCCUAGGUUGUUCUGUUAUAUCAGUAAAUGAGCAAGGGCAGCGAUGUGCUCAAAAGCCGACAAUGUUCUUUAUGCCACACUGUGAGGCAGAGUUGUACGACAAUCUGUUGCGGGCAAAUUGGAGGGUGGAUCUGUUGAAUCGUGUAGUCUUGUUUGGGAAUAGCUUUGAGACAUAUGAGCAGCAUGUCUCAGAGUUUAAGAACUCAGUUGUUGUUGAUACGGCAAGGCAUAUCUUGGGUAUUCGACAAUUUACAAAGGAGUUCAGAAUCAAGACAGUUUCAGAUGACUAUUUUGGUGCUUUCCAUGAUUCAAGUUGGCAUUUUUUCGGUCCGGUUCUUGAGACAGAGCUGCGGCAGUACAUCUAAUUUUGGUGAAAAAUAUCAUAUUGGUUUCAGUAAUUGGAUGAUGCUUGAAGCAUAUUCUUUCUUUCCAAAUUUUAUUGGAAAUUGAAAAAGUCAUUAUUAUCCAAACGCAUGUUUGCUUGA